AUGGUCGGAGUUCCAGGACGGUCCAAUGCUUUCCAUACAUGUAGGAGGCGUAAACUUGAUUGCGAUCGACUUCGGCCAUCCUGUCGCCGGUGUAUGAGCGCUGGCCUGAGCUGCGAAGGACCAUACUCGCCACGUCGGCUUUCAGAACAGACUGCAGCAUCGACACAAGCAGCAGCGCCUUUACUUGACAUAUCACUUGAACGUACAGCGGCAGAGGCUAAGUAUGUCUUCCUGUACUGGAGAUUUCUGCUUCCCAAGAACGGCCAACAAUUUCCUCUGCAAGCGGCUAGGCAUUCCACUACGGGUUGGACGCAAGUUGUGCAAGACCUAUCGCAGAAGAAUGAUGGAGUUCGCGUGGGACUACUUGCCAACGCUCUAGCUUUGGUUGGUCAGCAAACAGGGCAGACAUCCGUCGUCGCAGAGGCGUGGCGCAUGUACUCCCAGACCUUGCAGACUCUAGCUCGAUCACUACCGCAUGUCUCAGAACAGGGAACAGCAAUAGACGCCAAACUUAUGACCUCGGCUCUUUUAGCGGCCUUCAAGUUGCUUCAGGUAUCUGAUGACCGUCGAUCGUGCCUCCACGGUAUGACCUGGCUUCGGCACUCGACGGGGCAAAAGGCCAUCAUCCUUGCCAAUGGUCCGGAGAGCUAUGUUGAAGGCCAUGCUCACCAACUAUUUGUUGAUGGCCGCCUCCAUCUGAUAUAUCUCGAAAUCCAUAAUCGCACACGUUCCCCCUUCAAUUCCCUAGAGUGGAAGUCAAUUCCGUGGUCCAAAAUAAGUAAGAGCCCUAAGGAUGAAUUAGUGGAUAUCCUUCUAGAAAUCCCUGGUCUCUUGGAAGAUCUCGGUCUUCAUCUUAACGACCAGACACAGGAACAAUUGCAGACAAGAUGCCGGAUAUGCGACACCCAACUACGCCGUUGGUCCACUUCGUCCGGUGAAGCGAGUGUCAGCUUUGCAGAUCGACUAAUAUCCACCAACACAUCUCAAGUCUCCAACCCCUCACCAGAGGACUUCGCCAUGGCCCAUUUGAGCAUGAUCUACUGGGCCACAUGCAGCAUGUUAUCUUACUCAUGGUUGCUUUCUUUCAGCGGCCCGACAUGGGAGCCAUUUUCAUCAACUUUGUAG